UCGAGGCGUGCUAACAAUCGCCGUCGCCGUAUAGCGUCCGAGUAUAUCGCGAAAAUGAAGUUCCCCCGACUUGGAAUAAUCGGUAUUUUGUUGAUUCUAUCAACAAAUGACGUCAUUUCAUCAAACAUACUCGGUUUAUUUCUCACUCAUAGCCCUUCGCAUGUUAUCGUUCACAUGGGCGUAGUGCGGGCUCUAGUUGAACGGGGCCACAAUGUCACGGUGGUAACUUCGAUGCGUUUGAACGAUCCGAACUUUGGCUAUAGACAUAUCUAUCUGAAAACUCUGGAGCACACACAAAAUGAUACAUUUAUUAUGAUGGACACUAUAACUCGAGCGCCUUUCUACCUCAAGCCAUUCAAAUGGUUCGCCGCUAUCAAAAAUAUGAUGGAUAAAUAUUCGAAUUAUAAUUUGGAUCCGGAUUAUAUCAGCUUUAAGAAUGAAAACAAUAAUUUUGAUCUUGUGUUGUUGGGAUAUCAAUUUAAUGAGGCAAAUCUGGGAGAGGCAGCUCAUUUUAAGUGUCCAUCGGUACUUGUCUGGAUGAUGCAGCCAUUUGGUCAUAUUUCAAGAUUGAUUGGUAAUCCGAAUCUUCCGGCUUUCGUGCCCUAUUCGCCGUUCAUCCCACCCAAUGAAAUGGACUUCUUUUACAGGGUUUUAAAUUUUAUUUUUUAUAUUGUUGAGGGUAUCAUCACUAAAAUAGGUGAAUACGUUUUGAAAAAUUAUUAUGACCAAGUUUAUCCAAGUCCUGAAUACCCAUCAUAUUGGGAGACUAAGAAAAACAUUUCUAUGAUAUUUUACAAUCAUCAUUUUAGUGAAGCUCCAGUGAGGCCUUUAGUACCGGGUCUCAUUGAAAUUGGAGGUAUUCAGAUAAAGGAGAAACCUGAUCCUCUGCCCAAGGACCUUCAAAACUAUCUAGACAAUUCUCCUCAUGGUGUAAUAUAUUUCAGUCUUGGAUCGAAUGCCUGUGGCUUGCACGUUAAGGACCACACCUACAAAAUGAUAUUUGAAGUCCUUUCUUCUCUCAAGUACAACGUCAUAUGGAAACUCGAUGAAAUUAAACAUCCGGGAAACGCAUCAAAUAUCCUUUACAAAUCAUGGCUGCCUCAAGACGAUAUCCUGCCACAUAGGAAUGUCAAACUUUUCAUAACUCAUGCUGGGAAAGGAGGUGUAACCGAAGCAGAGUACCAUGAAGUUCCAAUGGUUGCAUUGCCAAUAAUGGAUGACCAACCAAGCAAUGCAAGAAAUAUGCAAGCCAAGGGUCAUGGUCUGAUCCUGGAUCACACUACAAUGACAAAGGAAAUGUUUCGAGAAACCAUCAAUGAAGUUUUGAAAAAUAAAACAUACAAAACUAAUGUGGAGACAUUUUCAAGGCUUUACAAAGAUCGACCAAUGACAGCGAAACAAACUGCCGUCUAUUGGAUAGAAUAUGUUAUAAGGCACAGAGGUGCUCCUCAUAUGCAGAGUCCUUUGAAGGAUUUGAAUGUUCUCCAAGAGAAUAGUAUCGAUGUUAUAUUGUUUCUGCUAGCAAUGUUGUAUAUAAGCUUCAAGUUGGGAAAGAUGUUGAUUAAGUUUUGUUUUAAUAAGUUGGUUCGGAGAUUUGGUUUUCGAAAAGAUAUUAAGCUUGAUAAAAAGAAAGAAUAGCUGCACAUGGAAGUAUCAAUCGUUCGUUUUUUAAGUCAAUAAAAGAAUGCCAUUGUUUACAAAUUA